AAAAGACUUCAAAUACAUAUUCUCUUCUCAAAUUUCUCAGUCUCCGGAACUCGUUUCUACCUUCACUUCGCACAUCUCGAACCCUCUCUUUCCGGCAACUAGGUUAAAGUUCAUCAAUGGCAGGUCGUGGCAAAACCCUAGGAUCCAGCGCCGCCAAGAAGGCCACCUCAAGGAGCAGCAAAGCCGGCCUCCAAUUCCCCGUCGGCCGUAUCGCCCGUUUCCUCAAGGCCGGAAAAUACGCCGAGCGCGUCGGCGCCGGUGCUCCCGUUUACCUCGCCGCUGUCCUCGAAUAUCUCGCAGCCGAGGUUUUGGAGUUGGCUGGAAACGCUGCGAGAGACAAUAAGAAGACUCGAAUUGUGCCGCGCCACAUUCAAUUGGCGGUGAGGAACGACGAAGAAUUGAGCAAGCUUCUUGGUGACGUCACCAUCGCUAACGGUGGCGUUAUGCCCAACAUUCACAAUCUUCUCCUUCCCAAGAAGGCCGGUGGCUCAUCCAAGGGCGCUGCUGCUGACGAUGACUCUUAAAUAGGGAUUCGCUUUUCUUGAUUUUUUUAUUAUCAAAUUUAGAUUAUCUUUUGGCCUCUCUGUUUUGUAGUUUCUUUUUUAGUUUUGAUAAUUAUGCUCUGUAGUUGUAGUUAGGUUUUCAUUACUGAUGUGAAUAGAGAAUGCUCUUGUUCUUCAAGAAAGAUUGUUGAAAAUUUGAAUCAUUUUAAUUUGUAAUUUUUCAGUCUCGAUCUAUCACUUGAUUCCUGGUUGUAAUCUAUAAUAUUCGAAUUCAAACUGUUUUAAAUUUGUUUCCCAUUGUU